AUGGAUAAUGAUAUCGAUUCAAUUAAAAUUGAAAUUAUUCAACAAAAAGAACCACCUAUGUGGCUUCUUCAUGCCAAUUCAGUGCAACAUGAGGAAAUGUCCGACAUUGUACAUCGUAUGCAUGAUCUGGUUCAUUGUACUCUUCGACAAAUACAAACUUUUAUCCAUAAAAUCAAAGAUUCUGUUCGAAUGUUUGGAAAAAAUGUGGGAAGUUGUGCACAUUUGCGUACAAAAAAUGGUAAAACUUUUGUCAAACAUUUAAAAAUGUUCUUGGACGAAAAAGAAAAAGAGCUGAAAGAAAAAUUUGAGAAGGAUAUUACAGAUAAAUGUCGAUCUCUGGUAGUGAAAGGUAGCAUACUAAAUGAAGCUAUCUAUGGAAGAGAACUGGAAUACUAUGCUCAAGUGUGUCUACAAUGGAAGUCGAUUGAACGACAUUUUGAAGAUUUCAAGAGAAAGGCUUUUCAUGCAUUUAUAAAAGAUUCAAAACAAACAUGGAAGUUUGAGGGAAGCACUGGUAGGUGUUCUAUCAGACAAUUUUUUGCUUUUGUCUUUUUCGUCAUUCGAAAGACUUUGCGCAUUUUGGUCAUUGUCG